GCUAUCUCCACGACACCACUGAUUUCCUGAGGAAACUACAAUGCAUUGGUGACCUCCCAGAAAACACCAUCCUAGCCACCAUGGAUGUAGAGGCUCUCUACACAAACAUCCCACACACAGAUGGAAUACAAGCUGUCAGGAACACUAUCCCUGAUGAUGCCACAGCACAACUGGCUGCUGAGCUCUGUGCCUUUAUACUUACACACAACUAUUUCAAAUUUGAUGACAAUAUAUAUCUCCAGAUCAGUGGCACUGCUAUGGGCACCCGCAUGGCCCCACAAUAUGCCAAUAUCUUCAUGGCCGACCUGGAACAACGCUUCCUCAGCUCUCGUCCACUCACACCCCUUCUCUAUCUACGCUACAUUGAUGACAUCUUCAUCAUCUGGACCCAUGGGAAGGAGACUCUGGAAAAAUUCCACCAUGAUUUCAACAGCUUCCACCCCACCAUCAACCUCAGCCUGGACCAAUCUACACGGGAGGUCCACUUUCUUGACACCACGGUGCAAAUAAGUGAUGGUCACAUUAACACCACCCUAUAUCGAAAACCCACCGACCGCUAUGCCUACCUUCAUGCCUCCAGCUUCCAUCCCGGGCACAUCACACGAUCCAUUGUCUACAGCCAAGCACUGAGGUACAACCGCAUCUGCUCUAAUCCCUCAGACAGAGACCAACACCUACAAAAUCUCCACCAAGCAUUCUCAAAACUACAAUACCCGCACGAGGAAAUAAGGAAACAGAUCAACAGAGCCAGACGUGUACCCAGAAGCCUCCUACUGCAAGACAAACCCAAGAAAGAAACCAACAGGACUCCACUGGCCAUCACAUACAGUCCCCAGCUAAAACCCCUCCAACGCAUCAUCAGGGAUCUACAGCCCAUCCUGGACAAUGAUCCCACACUUUCACAGGCCUUGAGUGAUGUGACCACAUCUUGA